AUGCUUAGGACCAUCGGGCGAAGAUGGCUGAGCGUUCCAGCAACUACGUAUGCCCCGACGAUCUAUGCUCUCUCCACGCCUAUGGGCCAGAAAUCGGCCAUCGCAGUGGUUCGGGUUUCCGGAACGCAUGCCCGCCUGGUAUACGAGAAGCUCACGGACUCUAAAAGGCCGCCCACACCCCGGCGUGCAUCACUUCGGAACUUAUACAGCCCCCAGUCGGCGCCAGAAAAGGUGUUCUUGGAUAGCGCGCUGACUUUGUUCUUCGAGCAGCCCGGCACGUUCACGGGGGAAGACAUACUGGAGCUGCACGUGCACGGCGGCAAGGCGGUGGUCGCAGGCGUCCUCGACGCGAUUGGCGCACUGCAUGACGAGAGCGCCGGUGUGCAGAUACGCUACGCGGAAGCCGGCGAGUUUUCCAGACGGGCGUUCCAGAACGGGCGUUUCGACCUGACGGAGAUCGAGGGGAUUGGCGAGCUCAUCGAUGCAGAGACAGAAACACAGCGCAGGAGCGCAAUAUCGAGCUUUCGCGGCCAGAACAGGCUCCUCUUUGCCGGCUGGCGCCAGCAGAUCGUGGACAACAUUGCGCAGGUGGCUGCGAUCAUCGACUUUGGGGACGAUACCGAAAUCCAGGACAUCGACGCUAUUCUGGAGGGGGUGCGCUGCAGCGUAAAGGCGCUGCGACGCGAGGUUGCGGACUUUGUAGAGAGGGUCACACGAAGCACCAUCCUCCAGAGUGGUAUUCGGCUGUCCGUGCUUGGCGCCCCGAACGCAGGCAAAUCAUCUCUCGUCAACUGCAUCACCAAAGAUGACACAUCCAUUGUCAGCAGCAUCCCGGGCACGACGCGCGAUGCCAUCGACGUGCCGUUGGAUAUCAAUGGCUACAAGGUUAUUCUUACAGACACCGCGGGGGUACGCGCGCACAGCACCGACCCCAUCGAACUCAUCGGCAUUGCGCGCGCGCAAGAGCGGACCGCGCGCAGCGACAUCGUGCUACUGGUGGUCGACGCCACGGCGGCCACACCCCUCAGCCCCGCGCUGCGCAGCCACCUCCGCGACCUCACUGACAAGUGCCGCCUCGUCGUAAUCAACAAGUCGGACCUCGUGCCCCCAAGCCGCCUAAAGUAUAUACAGACGCAGCUUGCAGCGGAGCUGCCCGACUGCGGUCCUGCGCUCGUCAUCUCCUGCAAGCAGCGCGACGGCCUCGACGCCCUGGUACACGCCCUCACCAGCCACUUUACAGACCUUGCCAGCUGCGCCGCGGCAGACCCCAUUGCCAUCUCGGCCCGCGCGCGCGACAUCCUGCGCCAGGACGUGCUCGCCGGCCUGGACGGCUUUCUCCGUCUGGCGUCCUCCGCCGAGGUCGACGUGGCGUCCGAGAGCCUCCGCAGCGCGGCUGACGGCAUCGGCACCAUCACCGGCGAUGCCGUCGGCGUCGAGGAGGUCCUAGGUGUUGUCUUCUCGAACUUCUGCGUUGGGAAAUAG